UGACAAUAUGACACGGCUUUUCCGCUGCUUUUAAAAAUUGAAAACAAAAUUGAGCUGAAUUUCAGUCUCUCUCCAAGUCGUAAUGGCUGAAAACGCCGAUAAUGCUACCAAAAAACAAGAAUCGAAAAACAUACUCUCACUGUUUCCAAAAUUUGAGCUCAAGCUUCCUUUCCUUAACAAGCAACCGAAACAAGUAGAGUCAGUUGGUGUUAAGGAGGGUCAGAAAACGAGUGUAGAAAGUGAAAACGUAAGUGUGAAGCCGAGCUUGGUGAGGUUUCCGGACUCUGCGCGUCAGAUAAUUCCGGCACGGUUGGAGUUCGAGGCAGAAGAGCCGGCCGGAAGGACUUCCAACCCUGUCGUUCUCUGGCAGGUUUAUGCUCUUGGAGGGUUUCUUGUUCUGAGGUGGGUAUGGGCAAGGUGGAAGGAGAGGAAGGAGCAGGCAGCCAAAAAGGAUUCAUCCGAUGACAACGAUGACACUCCAGCUGAUGAUGAUCACUAUCAUUCAGCAUAAUGUAGUUGUUGACUUGGGUAAAACGAAAAUGCAGUAUAACGAGGGAUUACAGUUUACUAUGUCAAUGUGAAAAUCAGUUUAGUUAAUGGGGCAAUGAAGUCUACCGCAAUGUGUUUUGCUUUUUCUUUCAUCCUUUUUGUACCUAAGAAUAGUUCUCACUUCUCAGCAGUCACAGGGCUUGAAGUUUUCGAAUCGCUUUCUGGUUCACAUAACUAUUAAAUGAACUUUUAUGGCCCUUGACAGUCAGAAACAGCCAAUUUAUGAAAAUCACUUAAUUGUGAGCGAAUUGCCUA